AUGGCUGAUGGCAUGCUGCGAUCCCCCACCUUCCUGGUGGGGGCUGAGAGGCAGCGGAAGAACUUGGAUGAAUUCAAACGGCGAGAACAGCAACUCGCCGAGGCAUAUCACAAGAACAAGCCCCUGUGCUUCAACGGAUGCUCUUACCAGAAGACACACCCCGUGAAGGCACAGAAGGGACACAAGGAUGCUGAUGCCUGCUUGACAGUUCCAUUGGUCCUGGGAGUGGCAGAUGGUGUAUCCCAGAUCGAGGACUUUGGCAUCGAUGCCUCGCUCCUUCCAAAUGAACUCUUGCAGGUCGUGGAGCAGUUGGGAAUGCAUCAGUUGGUCCCGGGGGCCAAGUUGACGGCCGCGGACACCUACCGCGGCCCCGCCUCUAUGUUGCGUCGCGCCUUCGAAGCCACGGAAUCCCUGGGCUCGCUGACGGUGGUGCUGGCGGUGAUGGACAAUUCCACCCGAAUCCACGGGAAGUUGCACCCGAUGAUAGCCAUCAUCACCGUUGGAGAUUGUGAACUGAUUGUGCUUCGACGUGUCAAGGGCCCACAGGGACCUUUGGAGUUGGUAUGUCACACCGAGAUGCAACGGAUCGAUGGGCAUGCGCAGACUCCCUUGCAACUGGCCAGGGUGGAUGACAGGAUUGACCCCAACUUCAAUGAGGAACUCUCCAUUGAAGUCAUUGAGAGGGGCAGUGCAGUGAACUGCGUGUCAGCUUAUGAAGGUGACAUUGUGCUCAUGGGCAGUGAUGGUGUCUUCGACAAUUUGUUCUUGGAUGAGAUCGUGGAGACCGCCAAUCAGAUGCUUCCGCCCAAAGGUUCCGAAGGCGCCUACCCAGAGGUGGCGCUGAAGUCUGUGGCGCAGCGCAUCGUUGAGCAGUGCCAUGCAAAGACGCGGCCACUGCCCAACGGCAUGUUGGCUGAAGCACCCAUUGGCAGAGGUGGAAAGAAGGAUGAUACAUCCUGUGUGGUGGCAGAGGUGGUGGAGUGGACUCAAGAUUUACAGAAGAUCUGGACCCCUCCGCAGCAAAGUAGCUGGUGGAACCCCUUUGAGUGGACUUCUCUCAGUAGUUUCAUGAACCUGAACGCCUGGUGUGGAGCACAAGACUCAGAUGAUGAGGGCGAGUUCAAGCCAAGGGCUGAAAAGUUACAAGCCAAACGGCAGAGUCAAAAUGACUGGAACGACUUGGCCAACUCCGGGAAGCAGGCGAACCAGGUGAACCAGAUGAACCAGGUGAGCCAGGUGAACCAGAUCAAUCCCCAGCAAGCAUAUGCCAAGGCAAACCAGGCACAGGAGGCCCAAGGAUACCAGGCUGGGAAUGGCUAUCAAGGCUACCAACAAUACCAGGCUUACAAUCAGAGUUACCAGCCCAACUCUCAGACUUUCCAAAGUACCCAAGGCACCCAAGGACAAUAUCAGAGUCAAACCUAUGACAAGGCCAACCAAGGCUACCAAAGCUGCCAGGGACAAGGAUAUCAGGGCAACCAGAUGUACCCGAGCCAACAGGCGUAUCCUCAAGCACAGCAAGGCCUGAAUCAGGCACAAUAUCCCGUGAACGGAGCGCAGCCGCAACAGUCCUUUGCAGCUUCGCAGAUCUAUGGUGCCCAGACAAGGGUUUCUGGCGGCUUUGGCAUGGAUGGUCCAGUCAGCUCUUCGGUGAUGAAGAGAAGCUUUGAGCAAAUCUCUGCAGAUGCCUUGGACUUGCGUUUUUGCGGCUUGGAUGGGAACGACUUCAGCCUCAACCUUCCAGAAGACAUCACAGGGCAGCUACUGAUGGAAAAGAUGAUUCUUGAUGGACGGCUGCCAUCCAAAGCUGGUGCAACGCUGCAGUUCUUCUUUCAAGAUCAAGAGAUUUCGGGAAGCAAAAUGCUGAAAGAUUUGGGUGUCUGCCAGCUGUCGACCAUCUCCUAUGUAUACAAGAGAGUGGAAGGCCUGCAAGAUCCUGGUGGGGGUGGCGAAGGUUCCUCGAAUGACAAAGAAGAUCCGACACUCUCAGGUGUCUCCAGCAUCUUUUAUGACUUGGCAGAAGCAAAUCCACUGGCGAGAAUUAUGCUUCCACUCAGCUUGCAAAGUUUGACCUUCGGAGAUUUCUUUUGUGAUUCUCUGCAAGACGUCUCGCUUCCUGCGAAUCUCUUGAGUUUGACUUUCGGACGCCAGUUCAACCGAAGUCUCAAAGGUUUGCUUCUGCCAGACAGCCUUCAAGUUCUGGCUUUUGGAGACAACUAUAACCAAAAGAUGGGGCAGGUGCUUCUACCCUGCAGCCUUCAAAGCUUGACAUUUGGACGUGCAUUCAAUCAGAGCCUGGAAGAUAUGCAUUUGCCAACGGGCCUACAGACCUUGACCCUGGGACACCGGUACAACAUGUGCAUGGACCGGUUGAAACUGCCCAGCCAGCUUCGGGAAUUGACGUUUGGGGAAUCUUUCAAUUGGAGCCUGCAGAAAGUGAAGCUUCCCGGCAGUUUGCAAAAGCUGACUCUUGGAGAUUCUUUUGAUCAGCCGUUGGACGGUAUGAUCUUUCCAGGUCUCAACAGCUUGAUUUUUGGAACCAACUUCAACCAACCAUUGGAAGAGGUUGAGUUCCCAAGUGAACUUGUCACGUUGACCUUUGGAGAUGACUUCAAUCAGACUUUGGACGAAGUGGAGCUUCCCCGCGGUCUGAGGCAUUUGACCUUUGGAAACAACUUUGUGCAGAGUCUGGAAAAUGUGACCCUGCCAGAGAGCCUUGAAUCCUUGAUCUUCGGAAUGUAUUUUAAUCACAGCUUGGAACAUGUCAAGUUGCCACAGCUGCUAAAGCUUCGAUUCAAUCAGACUCUUGAGAAUGUGUCACUACCAUCCCUGAGAAGUCUGACAUUUGGAGAUGACUUCAACCAGCCUUUGGUCGACCUGACUCCCGGACUGUUGCACUUGACAUUUGGGCAGGACUUCAAUCAAUCCUUGGAAGGGGUUCUGUGGCCCAACCUAGAAAGCUUGACCUUUGGAUUGUGCUUUAAUCAAGCCGCGGAUACUUGGAAUGUUCUUCCAGGAAGUCUUUUGAGACUAACCUUUGGCGACGACUUCAACCAACCACUUGACAAUCUCAAAGUGCCUGACACUUUGCAAAGCUUGACCUUUGGCCAUGAGUUCAAUCAGAAAUUGGAUCAUGUCAAACUUCCAAGUACACUUCAAACGCUCGCAUUUGGAUGUUGUUUCAAUCAGAGUCUGGACUCCAUGACUUUACCCCAGAGGCUUGGUAGUCUUAGCUUCGGAAACAAUUUCCAGCAGCCUGUGGAGACCUUAGUCCACCUUCCAUGCCUGGAGACUUUAACCUUUGGCGAUGCCUUCAACCAAGCCAUUCAGAGAUUGCCUGGAAGCCUCAAAAGCCUAAGCUUUGGAGAUGAUUUUCAGCAACCCCUUGAGCAUCUUGAACUCCCGAAUCUCGAAUGUUUAACCUUGGGGCAUUUCUUCGACAUGCCCUUGGCAGAUCUUCUUCAGCGCACAGAAAAUCUGCGAAGCUUAACCCUUGGAGAUAGCUUCAGCCACUCCUUUGAUGGUGUGGUGUUUCCUGCAACCCUGCGGAGCAUCUCUGUUGGAAUGCCCUGCAGCUUCGAUGGUGCGUCCUUGCCCAGCUUGCGGUCGAUUCAAUAUGGGCCCGUGGCGGCCAAGUGCACGUGA